GCCAAAUAUAUACAUAUUUGGUCAGAAUCUUGUGUAAGAUGAGAAUGAAUGCGAACAUUUCGUAAGGAAUAGAGACAUUGAGUAUUUAAUGGCUUUUUGAACUUGAUAACUUGUAUGCUGCAAUUGUUUAUUCGGACUCCUAUUUCUUGUUGGCUGUCAAGUCUGGUAGUUUGACUGACGUGAUGGAACGAUCUAGGCUAUAUAAAAACAAAGACAAGGACUCUGAGGAACUUCGGAGGCGUCGUACUGAUCAGUCUGUUGAACUUCGCAAAGCUAAGAAGGAUGAACAGCUUCAGAAGCGAAGAAACAUACUGUUGACUGAACUAGAUGAAACCUCACCCUUAAAAGAAAAGCAAAUUGAUACUCCUGAACACGUUAACUACGAUGCAGUUAUCCGUGAUAUGCAAUCAAGUGAUCGAGUCGCUCGAUUCAAAGCAGUUCAGCUCUGUAGAAAAACCCUAUCACGCGCAAAGAACCCUCCAAUAGACGAGUUUUAUAAAAGGGGUGCUGUCGACAUCCUUGGUUCAUCCCUCAGUUCCACUCACGAUGAUCUUGUUUUCGAGGCUGCAUGGGCACUCACAAACAUUGCCUCCGGUGAUAGCUCUCAUACAGCAGCCGUAGUCUCCUCUGGUACUGUCCCAAAACUAGUACGGCUGUUAAGUCAUUCUGCUAUCAAUAUAGCUGAGCAAAGUGUAUGGGCUCUAAGUAAUAUUGCCGGAGAUGGAUCCAAAUUCCGAGAUAUAGUUAUCGAGAGCGGAGUUGUUGAACCAGUGUUAAAACUUCUAGAUCGAGUUUGGAAGCAGCCCACCGUGGUAUCAAAUAUUGCCUGGAUGUUGUCUAAUCUCUGUCGAAACCGAGAUCCUCCUCCGCCACGUGCCGUCAUUAAAAAGCUUCUGCCUUAUCUCAAUCGACUUCUUCAGUAUGAGGGUAAUAAGAAUGUGGUUGUGGAUACUGCAUGGGCUCUUUCAUACGCAAGUGAUGCCGUAAAUGAAUUUAUCGAUGAUAUAAUAGAAAGUGGAUGUGUCCCGUUACUUCUGCGACUGUUGGCAUCAUCAUCGGCGAAUCUCAUUUCUCCCUCUCUCAGAGCCAUUGGUAAUCUUGUUAUCGGUACUGAUGAACAAACACAAGCUAUUCUGGAUGCUGGUUUACUAACUUACAUCCCUGCAUUGCUAAACAAUGAAAAGUCUACUGUCGUCAAAGAAGCCUGUUGGGUAGUGAGUAACAUUACCGCCGGAAGUGUAGAUCAAAUUGACAUGGUUAUAAGUCACAACAUCAUGCCAUGCAUUUUGGAGAUCUUUUACAAGGGUGAAUUCAGAACUCAAAAAGAAGCGUGCUGGGUUAUCAGUAAUUUUAUUAGCGGUGGAACCCCGGCACAAUGUGCAUAUUUGUUGAACCAAAAUGUGUUGAGAGCACUUUGCAAUAUACUUACAGUCUCAGAGUCGAAGGUUGUACUUAUGGUUUUAGAGGGAAUAAAAAACUCCUAGAGGUAUGUUUCGAAUAUUUUUGAUGACUGUGUAAUUCGAUUCCAACUGUUAUUUCUUUUAUCUUUCUGGGGGUAUCUCCAAAGUUUUUGUCAGCGCUUCAUGUUUUUUAUUAAACCUGGAAUUUAAAUUUUCACAUGAAAUAUUCAUUUUCUGUCCAAGAUUUCUGACCAGUAUGGGCAAUUAGAACCAGCUUGUAUCGAGUUAGAGACAUGUGGGGGCUUGGAUAAGUUGGAAGAAUUGCAAGACCACACUAACGUUCAAGUCUAUCAAGUUGCUUACGAUUUAAUUGAAAAGUACUUCAAUGAUGCGGAUGAUGAAAACGAAAGCAAAGUCGUGGCUGCUGAUGGCACAGAGAAUAGUGAGACUUUUCCUCCAAGUUCAGAACAAGAGUUCCAGUUUAUUGCUCCCGAUGGAGCUUCAGGACAAGAUGGUGACUUUCAUUUCUAAGUUAGAAGUUACUUCGACGCUAACUUCGCGUCAAAAUUAUCCGAGUUUCUAAAUAGAUUAUUGGUAUAUGAACGAUGGUAUUUUUGGCCACUUUUAUAACCUUAACUUCCCCACAUCGUGGUAAUCAACAAUAGUCAUGUUCCUUCUCCAUGUUUUUCUCGAUAAAUUGGGACUUCUACUCAGCAAUCAGGUGGCUGAAAUCUAAUGUGAAAGUGCCGGAUUUCUGUAAGUUGUUUGCUUUGAAAAAUGAAAGAUGUGUGGGUAUUUCAAAACAAUCCUUUCACUCCUGAAAGCUGGUUUGAUGUAUUGAAGGUAGCACCAUUAACGUCGAUUGACUUAGAAUCUUGUUGUUUGUGAAGCGCUUUGAGUGACAUUUAGAGUUGAACGUAUAAAAAAUAACACAAUAAAGGAUUAUUCGUGUGCGAUUUUCCUGAAAUUCGGAUUGGUCUUUGUUUAAAGAUCACUGUCCGUACUAGUAGGCUGGAUUUUCUAGUCACCUCGUAAAUCACACGAUUGUCAAUCCAAAUGUAGAAAAUUAGGAAGGUUAUUAUUAUGCUUAUCAAAAUUGUGUCAUACGAUUGUUGAGAAGCACGAAAAUCGACUUAGUACCAAAGACUCCUGAGUUCUAGUACACAUGUUUGUUCAAAAUCGCAGUAUUUUAGCGAAGUUAGUUUUAGAAACAUUCCGAAGUAACACUUCACUCGCAUAACUAAGCCGUUAAACGGAAUUCCGUUAGUUCAAAUUGUUGCGAAUUCACAUUCAUUAUUUACUGGUUGUGAUUUUGGCU